AUGUCUAGGGUUGUUCAUCUUCCAGUCCCCUGUCCUGUUCAACUUGGUUCCUUAAGAAAUGACUCCUUGGAAGCUCAGCUUCAUGAGUAUGUCAAACAAGGGAACUAUGUGAAAGUGAAGAAGAUUCUUAAGAAAGGAAUUUAUGUUGAUGCAGUUAACUCCCUGGGCCAGACUGCACUUUUUGUUGCGGCAUUACUAGGCCUUACGAAGGUAGUUAAUGUUCUGGUGGAUUAUGGAUCAGAUCCAAAUCACCGCUGCUUUGAUGGGAGCACCCCUGUUCAUGCAGCAGCAUUUUCAGGGAAUCAGUGGAUCCUCAGUAAACUGCUGGAUGCAGGGGGUGAUCUUCGACUCCACGACGAGAAGGGUCAAAAUCCACAGACCUGGGCCCUGACAGCAGGGAAGGAGCGCAGCACUGUGAUGGUGGAGUUCAUGCAGCGCUGUGCCUCGCACAUGCAGGCCAUCAUACAGGGCUUCUCCUAUGACCUCCUAAAGAAGAUUGACUCCCCUCAGCGGCUCAUCAGUGGCCCACCCCGGCUUGGUGGCCUCAUACAGGGAAACCCUAAUGGCUCUCCUAACCGACUGCUUAAAGCUGGAGUCAUUUCUGCACAAAAUAUCUACAGCUUUGGCUUUGGGAAGGUAAGAGCUGUGCUCUGCUCUCAGUUUUAUCUCACAGGGGGAGCACAGCUGGCCUACCUGGGAUCUCUUCCAGUAAUUGGAGAAAAGGAAGUGAUUCAAGCUGAUGAUGAGCCUACCUUCUCUUUCUUCAGUGGCCCCUACAUGGUCAUGACCAAUCUGGUGUGGAAUGGGAGCAGGGUCACAGUGAAGGAGCUGAAUCUCCCCACCCAUCCUCACUGCAGCAGGGUUCGGCUGGCUGACUUGUUAAUUGCAGAGCAGGAACACAGCAGUAAGCUGCGGCACCCGCACCUGCUACAGCUGAUGGCUGUGUGCCUGUCCCAAGACCUAGAGAAGACCCGCCUUGUUUACGAGCGCAUCACUGUCGGCACACUGUUUGGUGUCCUCCACGAACGGCGGUCCCAGUUCCCCGUGCUCCACAUGGAGGUGAUUGUGCAUCUGCUGCUCCAGAUCUCUGAUGCCCUGAGAUACUUGCAUUCCCGGGGGUUUAUCCACCGCUCCCUCAGCUCCUACGCCAUCCACAUUGUCUCUGCUGGGGAAGCAAGGCUGACCAACCUGGAGUACAUGAUGGAAAGCCAGGAUGGACGUGUACACAGGGACCUGACUCGAGUGCCCCUCCCAACCCAGCUGUACAACUGGGCUGCCCCGGAGGUGAUCUUAGAGAAGGCAGCCACAGUGAAGUCGGACAUCUACAGCUUUUCGAUGAUCAUACAGGAGAUUUUAACAGAUAACAUACCCUGGAAUGGCUUAGAUGGCUCAGUUAUUAAAGAAGCCAUAGUCUUGGGAAAUUAUUUAGAAGCUGAUGUAAGGCUUCCAAAACCUUAUUAUGAUAUUGUUAAGUCAGGCAUCCAGGUCAAGCAGAAAGACCGAACUAUGAACCUUCAAGAUAUCCGGUACAUUUUGAAGAACGACUUAAAGGAUUUUCUCGGAGCCCAGAGAACUCAGCCAACUGAGAGCCCCAAGAUGCAGAGAUAUGAACUCCAUCCUGAUGUCAAUGUUUGUCUAGGACUGAUGUCAGAACAUUUGAAAGAGACCCCUAACUUGGAAAUAAAAGAGCUAAAGGAAACAGGCAGUCGGCUUCAUUCACCCAGGCUUCAUUCACCCACGGAGAAAGCAACACCAGAUCCUCAGGUCCUAGAUCCAGGUCUGAUGGCCAAGGAGACUCAGAACCGAGAUGCUGCUUCUCCUGCCUGCUCUGUGAUGGAAGAGGACGCCAGGGGGCCCAGCCCAGGUCAGGCUAGCCUCUGCAGCUUCGAAAUCAAUGAAAUCUACUCAGGCUGCCUGGACAGGGGAGAUAACACGAAGGAGGAGCCCCCAGGAGCUGAUUCAUCUGUUGUGGGAGCUGGACCAAGCCAAGCAGAUGAACUAAAGUCCAUGGAAGAAGAGUUGGAAAAGAUAGAGAGAGAAGCAUGCUGUUUUUAUGAUGAGGACGAGAGCUCUUCAGAAGCUGACACAGAGCUCUCCUUUGAGGACUGGGAUUGGCAAAAUGGUUCUCUUAGUUCACCCAGCCUACCUGAGCUAGCCAGAGAAGCCAAGGGCAAUGGGAGCAAUAGGUGCAUGACCGAGGAGUACAUCAGUAAGUGUGUGCUGAAUCUGAAGAUUUCACAGACAUUAAUGUACCAGAAUGCCGAUUUGCUGAGGAAUACUGAACAGAGAAUUGAUAAACUUGAGAUGAUACAAAAGGGGCAGGAGGAGUACAGGUCUUUGUGGGCUUCUUCAAGAGAGUUUACAAACAUUUAUGACUCACCUUCAGCCUUGGGCCCCCCAGCUUCCACCUAUGUUCCACCUGUCAUGCAGCUGCCGAGAGGCCAGCAGCUGGACACCAGUGGCAAUUGCCAAACCCUGACAAGAUCUUCCAUGCUGCCAACUUUUAGUGGACCUGGAAAACAGGGCACAAGUGAACAAUCGCAGCCCUCUCAAGGAGCCAAGCACAGUUUGGAAAGAAACAGGAGCCCAAAUACCAGCAGCCAGGGAAGGUCUAAAGAGUCUAGUGCCCGAACCAAGUUGACUCAGCUUAAUAGUGUACUUUUCCCUGUGCCAAGCCACCUGAGGGGACCUCUGGUGUCAUCCAGCCCUGGCCGGGCCUCUGCUAGGAUCAGUGUGGAAUCUGUGUCUUCUGAAAUCUGUCAUACAAAGUUAAGAAAUAACGAAGAUGAUGGAGAGGUACACUUAAAAUGGAAAUUGGAGGUGAAAGAAAUGGCAGAGAGAGCAGCCACCGGGCAGCUGGCAGUACCACCAUGGCAUCCUCAGAGUAGUGCGACUUUAGAGGAUGAAGCUAAAGAUGAGCCUGAUUCCCUGCUGCAGCCCCCGCUUGGGGACCCUGAGAAAGUGGGUUGGCAGUGCACUGUAGAGUAUCCCAGGGAAAAUGAUGAGUCAAGAGAAAAUGGAAAAUGUAACAAAAUGGGUAACAGUGACUGUGACAGUGACCAGUAUGGCAAACAGCCUGGACCUCAAAGCUUCAACAGUAUCAGGCACCUGCCUUCCAGCAAAAAUGUGUAUCCAGAGCAUAGUGAAGUCUUUCAAGCAAGUUCUGACGCAUCUGUGGUCAUUGAGAAAUCUUACAGUGAUCAGUCCAUGCAAUCAACUUGUUCACCAGAGUCUUCUGAGGAUGUAACAGAUGAAUUUUUAACUCCAGACUAUGAAUAUUUUCAUUCUUCAACUGCUCAAGAAAACUUAGCUCUAGAGACUUCAAGUCCUAUAGAAGAAGACUUUGAAGGAAUACGAGAUGCAUUUGCCCAACCUCGAGGUUCUGGCGAAGAAAAGUUCCAAAUGAGAAAAAGCCUUGGAAGGAAUGCUGAGAUUUUGACCAGGUCUCAAUUCCAACCUAUACGAACUACUGAAGGUGAACAAGAGGAGACAUUAAAGGAAUCACCAAAGGAGCUGAAAGAGAAAGACAUAUCACUGACAGACAUUCAAGACCUGUCUAGUAUUUCCUAUGAACAAGAUGGUUCCUUUAAGGAAGUCUCAUGCAAAACACCCAAAAUAAACCAUGCACCUACAAGUGUCAGCACUCCACUCAGCCCAGGGUCAAGUUCUUCAGCUGCCAGUCGGUAUAAAGACUGCCUUGAAAGUAUCACAUUUCAGAUUAAAACAGGUUCUACCUCAUGCUGGAACAGUCAGGAAUCCAUUCAAACUUCAUCUGAUAGAUUUACAACUGUUCGAGAGAAAGCAAAGAGCCUAGAUUCCUUUCUUACUUCCUCUGAAACUGCCCCUUCAAGACUGACCGAUCUCAAAAGAUUGCCUGCAUUUACUGGGGCCGGUUCCUCCAGCAUUGCUAAGUCACCUGACACAUCAUCCCAUGCCACCCAGAGAAAGAGCCUGCAGAAAGUAGAAGCCAUUUCACAGCAUCAUGUUGAUGAGCUACCACCACCAUCUCAGGAGAUGCUUGACGAAAUUGAGCACUUGAAGCGACAGCAGGCCUCAUCCACAGUGUUGCGGGAGAACACAGCAAGUUAUCUCGGUGUCACUGUAAAUGAUCAAAGGCACUUAGAAGAACAAGAAACUAACAGUAAAAAAGAAGAUAGCAGUAUGCUCUGGACCAAAGAAACUCAGGAUCUAGAAGAGGACACAGAGAGAGCUCACUCUACUCUUGAUGAGGACCUAGAAAGAUGGCUACAGCCACCUGAGGACAGCACGGAGCUACAGGAUCUCCCCGGAGGCUCUACAAGGGAGGCAAAUACCAAGGAUCAAGAAGUUGGUGAAAAGAAGAGAAAAGGGGAAGAAAGCUUCAAGUCAGAGAGAAGGAAAUCAGACAGCUUUUUAGGCAAUUCUGAAGAAGAGGAACUAAAACCCUGUUUUUGGAAGCGACUGGGUUGGUCUGAACCAUCCAGAAUAAUCGUACUGGAUCAGAGUGACUUGUCAGACUGA